CGAAAUAGGGGUUGCAAAAGCUAAACAUGGCUUCAUUGGUUCAGGGAAGGUAUGGGACCAACCUUAUCCAUUCAACCACAUGAAUCCUGAGCUCUGACGUGGCCUUAUCCAAUUGGUAACAACUAAAUCCAUACGCCAUAACCAGAUGCAAGCUAUGCCAUCAAACUUCUGUCGGCUUUUUUUUUAUCUUUAAUACGAUUCCAUUUCUGUAGCCAAUUUAAGUAAUUUGUCUUGAAUUUGGAGUGGAAAAUCUUCAAGUGGGCAUAGAUGGCAACGUUAGCUCAUCUGCAGAGUUUUGCUGGAAAUUCACCCAAGAAAUGUGCAGUUCCAGGCUCUUGCAUUUGUGCUCUACCAAGGCCUGCAGGUUCAACAGUUGUAUCGUGUAACUGGGGCCACAAGAAGAAGAGAUCGUUGACGGUUGUUGCAGCAGUUGGAGAUGUAUCCGCUGAUGGCACAACCUAUCUUAUUGCAGGUGCAGCUGCUGUAGCUCUACUUGGAACCGCCUUCCCCAUCGUUUUCUCCCGCAAGGACCUGUGUCCUGAGUGUGAUGGAGCAGGUUUCAUUAGGAAGUCAGGAGCAGCUUUGAGGGCUAAUGCUGCUCGGAAAGACCAGGCUCAGAUCGUUUGUCCUCGUUGCAAUGGUCUUGGCAAACUAAAUCAAAUUGACAAAAAAGCUCAGUAAUAGUACUGGGAUCCUCUCAAGUUUGCUAUUAACAUGAUGGGUCUUGGUCAUUGAAUUCAAAUUGAAUUACUAUUAGAAUCUUAUCACAUAAAAUAAUCAUGCCCCCUUGUAAAAUUUUAAUUGUGAAUUCAUUUGUCUAUCAUGAGACCUAUCAUGUGGCACGACACAUGAAAGGAUCCGAAUAAAAUAAACUCCAAUAUUGUGAUAUGUAAUUUUAAUCUUUGUUUAGUCUCUCA